GGCCAUCACCAUUAUCCAAAUAAGAAAAGGAAGCUAAGGAGUAAGUUGGAAGAAUCCCAACGUUAUCAACCACAACAUAUCACAAAAUUAUUUUUGAUUCUCCAUAUCCAGACUCAAACCCAAACCCUUACUCCAUCAUGAAUUUCUUCAAAUCCGUUUUUUCCGAUGAUACUGAUCCCCAACCAAAACCCGACCCCGAAUCCUCCAACACCGAAUUACUACCAGAUGAACAAAACCCAGAUCCCAAUACUCCUCCCAAACCCCAACCUAGCAAUGGCGCUGGCAGUGAUGGCUGGAGUUUUGGUGGUUUAAUCAAAACCCUAACCGUCAAAUCUGAAUCGGUCAUCGAAACCUACCGUCGCGAUCUGCAGGAGUUCGGGACGGGUCUAAGAAAGGAAAUUGAGGUGGCCCAGGGAUCCAUAGGGACAGUCGGUACCGUCAUUGACGAGUUUGGAAACACCGUUUUGAAAGGGACGGCCCAGAUCAUCUCUAACGGUAAGGAUGCUAUCCUAGCGGUUGAUCACGAAUCCGAUUCAUCUGAUAAUAAUACUAAUCAGAAUAAUAAUAGUGGGCAACGCAAACCGUAUAGUCGUUUUGAUGCCCAGGUUCGUGCGAUUCAGGGAGAUGUAAAUACGUACUGUGAGGAAGUUGAUGAUUUAGAUGAUUAUAAUAAGUGGAAAUCUGGGUUUGUUUUGGAUACGAUGAAUGAGAAAAUUGAGAGCUUGUUUGAACAAAAUGGUGCUAUGGAGAGUAUAUACGAGAGGGUGGUGCCUAAUACUGUUGAUCAUGAGACCUUUUGGUAUAGGUAUUUUUAUAGAGUGUUUAAGCUUAAACAGACUGAGGAUUUGAGGGCUAGUCUUGUGAAGAGAGCCAUGUCGGGCCUUUCAGCCGAAGAGGAGGAGGUCUUGAGUUGGGAUGUUGAUGAUGAAGAUGGAGAGGAUGAGAGUCAGAGUAAUGUAGUGACGAAAUUGAAUCCGAAGGAAAUCGAGGAUGUGGGUAGCAAAAGUUCUGGAAAGGAUGUCAGUAAAGAGGCUGAAGUUGCAGUGAAAAGUGAUUUAUCUGAAAGCAAGGGGUUGGGUGAUAAGAAAAUUUUGAAGGAGGAUAGUUUGAGAGUUAGUGAGGGAGAGAAGAUUUCUGAGUCGGAUGUGGAUGAAGUUGGUAAGAAAAGUGUUGUGGAAUCAUGUAGUGAAGAUGUUGUUAAUGAUAAAGUGAGCAUGGAGAAGAAUAGUGGAUUGAGUAAGGAAGAUUCAGGAUUGAAAUCAGAUGAGAAGGUGAGCUUGACUGAUAAGGCAGAGACGGAGGAGUCUAGUAAAAAUAGUGACUUUUCGGUCGUGUCAAGCCAGCCAUCUAUGCCCGAGGAAGAAGACCUUGGUUGGGAUGAGAUUGAGGAUCUUAGCAGCAUUGAUGAGAAGAAAGUAACUCAUGCUGGUAGCCCAAAUAGAGCUGACUUGAGGAAGCGGCUGAGUGUUGCAGAAGAAGAGGAAGACUUGAGCUGGGAUAUUGAAGAUGAGGACGAGCCAGUUAAAGCUUGAUACGCCCUGACACUUUUAAGUUCAUAAAUUCUUAGAAUUGAUUGCACUAUGCUUCUUUCUACCUCCAUAUUAACUCCGGUAAGGGUUAUGUGGGGAGGAUUUAUUUUAAUUUUAAAUGUUUGGUCUAAAUGUAAUAACAUCUAUGAUUGUGUUGUGUAUCUUUAUAUAUAAGUGGAAGCUAGUGUGUUAUUGUAAUAUCCCUUUCCAGUUAUAUGUUAAAACCAAUUUGCAGAUAAGUCAUGCACAUUCAUCA